AUGGUCACACAGUGGUCAAAACUAUGGGCUCAAAUGAAAUUUCGAAUACGCAAUGUGACCGUUGAACCCAUUAUCUUUCUCAUAUCAAUUGGUGUCGUCUUUGGAAGUACAAUACAAGCACCUGGAAUUUAUAAAAGAAUAUGUGAAAUAUACUAUGGAGAUGAUAGCACUGUCAGCUGUGCCAGCAUCACAUCAGAGAGUGUUGAAGAGAAUGUUCAGCAACAUACUGCUUUAUGGUCUUUAUUCCAUGUAUUAGCAUAUUUAUUCCCUGCUAUAUUUGCUGAUACCAUAUUAGGUGCUUAUGGGGACAAAAAUGGUCGAAAAACUAAUAUAUUACUUGGAAUUUGUGGCAUUGUUUUGUCAGAAUUUGGUUUCUUAUUAACACUCUCAUAUUUGGCCACACCUUAUUGGACCACUUUGAUAUUUUCAGCUUUAGCUGGUAUGACAGGCUUUAUUUCAAUGAUUCCUGUAUCUUGUAACGCUUAUCUGGCUGAUACCACAGAUGAUUGGAAUGAACUCACCAUACGUAGUGGAAUAUUCAGUUCAUUCCAAAUAUUGGCCAGUGCUCUUGGAGCAUUUAUAGCUGCAGCUGUUGCAUCUGGAAUUUCAAUUCCUGUUGCAAUCGAUAUAGAGCUAUUUCUUCUCUUAUUAGCUUUCCUCUAUACGCUAUGGAGAAUCCCUCAAAAGCCUGGUUUACAUGAGAUUGACCGUAAAACAAGUCGAGCUAUACGGCCAGUAGAUGGAAAUGCUAAGAAGGUGGAAUCAGUGGGGGGAAGGUUACGGAAAUUUUUGGGGGAUAUGGCCCAGCUUCUUCAGUCAGGUUUCAGCAUUUAUAUCAAGAAACGCGAUGGCCAUCGUCGAGCUUUUAUGUUCAUUACGAUAUUUGUAUUAAUUAUAAGUUUAACAACGUCUGCAGAAACGAGAACAAGUGGAAUUAUUACAAGUUUUGUAUUUCGAAGAACAGAAGAGACAGCUUUAGAUUGGGAUGCCUCAGAUCUGGGCUUAUGGAAUGGCUCAGGAUAUAUCAUAUCUCUCAUGGGAACUUUAGGCGGAUUAUUUAUUUUUAAAAAAAUGUUACAUUUACGGGAAACUACAAUUAUAUUGAUAGGCUUGUUAUCUUCUUGUCUUCGAACUUUAUUCAUCGCUUGUUCUAUUAAUACGUUAAUGAUGUAUAUAGCUAAUAUUGCUGGAAUAUUCAGUGGGCUAGUUCAACCAGCUGCUGUUUCAUUUGUUGCUCAACUUAUCCCUCAAUCAGAAAUUGGACGUGUUUUUUCGUUAUUUGGAAUCGGAACUGAUGUCGCUUUCAUCAUUUCCACUGUUAUUUUCGCCAAUAUUUACCGAGCGACGGUCCCCUGGUCUGCUGGCUUCCUUUUUUAUUUCAUAAGUGGCAUUGAAGUAAUAGCCUUAUUAGCCAUGUUCUGGGUUCAUAUUAGAGCCAAAGCAGAAGGAAUAGGAAAGAUAGAAGCUAUAUCAUUAGGGAAGCCGACGAGUGUUCAAUCAGCCAUAUCACGGAUUGGUGAGGCUUAUACAUCUCCUAAAAAUGCGGGCGGCACUUUAAAGAAGAAAGAUUCAAAUGGAAACAAAAUGGGCAAACGACAAGUUUCGAUAAUCGCUCAUGCCGAAGAAUUGGCUAAUCAAUUAGCUGAAUCUGCAUUAUGGGAAAGUAUGGAAGAUAUACGAGCCAAUCGAAGCUCAGGUGUCAAUUUUUACUAG